GGAAAGAUACAGUAAGAGAAUUUUCCAGGAGGGCAGGAGUCGGCACAGACAGGGAGAGGGUAAAACAGGAAUCACAGCUGGAGGACAGGGGCUGAGGCCAUAGGGAGCUGCUUGUUGGAAGGGGAAGGGGGCUCAGGAAGGCAGCGAGUAGGUAGACUGGAAUAAAGCUGUCUGACCCACUUAGCUCAAGCUGGAAUUUUAGAUCCUUCCUAUCCCUGCACUGUGAGAAGGUAGGUUAAGAUCUCAGGGACAGUAUGGGAUAGGAGUCAUAAAGGAAGGAGCUCUGAACAACUCAAGGGUGCAAGAUGGAAGUGAUGGAGCAAGAAGAGUCUCAGCAGGAGCCCAUCUUCUUUGGAACAGGACCUCCUCUGUAUGAAGCCCCAGAUCUGGGGGAAGAUGCUGGCCUUUACAUGGAGUUCAUGAUGAAAAACUGCUGUUAUGACGCCAUUCCUACUAGCUGCAAGUUGGUUGUGUUUGACACCACACUACAGAUAAAGAAGGCGUUCCUGGCACUGGUGGCCAAUGGAGUACGGGCAGCCCCCCUUUGGGACAGCAAACAACACUGCUUUGUGGGUAUGCUCACCAUCACCGACUUCAUUAACAUCCUGCACAGAUACUACAAGGCGCCCUUGGUUCAGAUAUAUGAACUGGAGGAGCAUAAAAUAGAGACAUGGAGAGAGGUGUACCUGCAAAGUUCUUUCAAGCCAUUAAUCUAUAUCUCCCCAGCAGACAGCCUUUUCCAUGCCGUGUAUUCACUCAUCAAGAAUAAAAUCCACCGGCUGCCAGUAAUGGAUCCCGUAUCCGGGAACAUCCUGCAUAUCCUCACACACAAACGCUUACUCAAGUUCCUCCACCUCUUUGGUGACACUCUCACUAGGCCGCGGUUUUUGCAGAAGACCAUCCUGGAGCUCGGCAUUGGCACCUUCAGGGAUGUAGCAGUAGUGCAGGACACGUCUUCUGUCUACAAUGCACUGGAAAUAUUUGUAGAGAGGAGAGUUUCUGCCCUCCCUGUGGUGAAUGAAUCUGGGCAGGUGGUUGGACUAUAUUCUCGCUUCGAUGUAAUACAUCUUGCAGCACAGAAGAUCUAUAACAACCUGAAUAUCAGUGUGCGUGAUGCUCUGCGCCUGCGCAGCCUGUCUAUUGAGGGGGUUCUCAUGUGUUACCCCCAUGAAAGUCUGGAGGUGGUCAUUGAUCGAAUUGUACGAGAACAGAUUCAUCGGCUGGUUCUGGUAGAUGAAGAGCGUCGUCCUCGGGGUAUUGUGUCUCUGUCUGACAUUCUGCAAGCGUUGGUGCUCACUCCCGCAGGUAUUGAUCGCAAUUCCUUGUGACCCUAUGAUGCUCAGGAUUUUAAGUAUGUUGCACUCUUGUGGAUUGGUGUGAUUGGAUGUAUUUGUGGUUCUGUACCCAAAAGACUGAUUCUGGACAUAGUCUGAAAGGAAAACAUUCUUUCGAGGUCUAGAAGAUCAUGGUGGAUACUUCCUGGUAAUGCAGCACCAACAGAGGCCAAAAAUGGAGAAUGGUGGCUGAGAGGUGGAUGGGAUAUCUUUCAUAUGAUAAAGCCUCUUCCAUUCAGCGUCUUGCAAACUGGCAAUCCCCACUAUUUUCCAAUCAUGGAACAUGCCACAAAGGAACCUUUUUUAUUCAUGAAUAUUAUUGGACAGUGUAUAGAACUUCCUAGUCUUGUCAGGUGGAUGGAUGCUCUUGGGUUGAUGGCUCAGCUGGUACCACCUGCCACACAUGAAGCCUUAAAUUGGUGGUGCUUGCUAAAGAAAUGGAUCAUUGGACAUACAGUUCACCUACAUAUAGGUUAUGUUUAUAUCCCUCUUAAUUAGGGAAGGCCAUCCUGUAGGCUCCUCUGAUGGGACGGGAUCCUGGGAUUCAUUCAUUGAUGAGUCCAAGGCUGGAUUUUAAUUUAUUAAAGCUGGAUGUGGCUACAUGUCGUUCAGUACAUCUUGAAUGGUGUUGGUGCAAAGUUUUUGAAGAGGUAACUGAUCUGACCUUAUAAUUCUCAGUCAGCCAGUGGCCAAUAAUGGGAGAGCUGCAAUUUUCUUUAUAGGAACAGUAGACUGAUCAGUACUUUACCAAUUAAAAGGAAAGUAAUACCAGAAAAUGCACAUUUAACCAUUGCGUUCAUGUAGUCUGCAAAUUCAGUUUUCUAAGUGUGAUAUUUAAUUUCAAUAUCUUUACCAUUGUAUGGAUUUGUGUCCCAAGCUAUGAAUAUAUAUUUUAUAUAGUAUUCCACUGAACACAGCAGGUUUGAUUUUUCUUAGACUACAAAUAAAAUAUGAUUGAACACAGUAGGGCUAAUAGCAAACGUACUGCAAUAAUACAUAAAAACUAUUUUAAGGACAGAAAAAAUGUCUGUGGUUAAAUUUUAUGAAUAUUUUUGUGUGUCACUACCCUUUCAUAACAAUGAAUUGAUAGUAUAUGUCUAUAUAAACAUCAUGAGCAAAAGUAAAAUAAAUAGAACUUGUGCUGACAGUGUA